AAGAUCGUCGCGUCUCCAUCUUAAUUUGUACUUUCUUUGUCAUGUUCUUAAUUUGUUUACUAAUAGAGUAUAAUAAGUUCAGUUACCUACAAUUAAUUAAGUUAAUUUGGCGUCAUUAUUUAUUACUAUAAAGUAGUAAACUAAUGUACUUUUAUCGAUUUCUUUAUGAGACAUGCCCUACUACAAAAGCAUAUAAAGAUCAUUGAGUUGUUGAAGUACAUAGCAAAUUUAUUCUACCAAUUUAAUUACCAUCCAAUCUUUUUUUCGUCAACUAUGACUUGAAUAUAUGGACAAUAUGGUUGACUAAAGAAACGACAAGGAGUCUCAUGCCGAAAACUUAGUACGUCGAGGCUUGUGUGUGGUAACGAUGGAAGAAAUAGAUUGAGAAAAAAAAGUGAAACGGCAAGCAGUCUGUUUAUGAAGUCUUUGGAUCUCUUAAACCGGGCUUUGUCCAAAAUUAGAAUGGAAAAAAAAAAAGAAGGAUCCCUUAAACCGGUAAGCAACCCGAUUAAAUUCAAUAUGUGUACAGAAACUUAAUUUGAUUUUUUUAUAAAAUUUAAAUCAAGACUAAUAUGGAGACUUACAAAAGUUAAUUAUAUGAAUUGUAUGUUACAGAUUGAGUGCGAAAGGAUGUUCCACGUUCAAUCCACUAGCGAAACAAAAAAAUCAUUUAUUUAACUGAUUGUCUUCGUAAGUUUACUUAGUAAUAUCAUGUUGAAACAUUAAAUCUGAUAUAUGUGCCACUAUGUAAAUCAUUUAGUUAACUUAUAAUUGAAACAAGAAAUGUUAUGUGUGCCACUAUGUAACUUUUAUUAGUACAUAUAUAAAGGAAAUAGCGUUUAAUAAAUCGACUGCUAAUCUAAAACUAACAAGAUAAUUAAUUAUGAUCACUAAGCUUCAUUCUAACAAAUCAGUUUAUAGAGGACAAGAAAGCUUAUAAUUACUCCACCUUCUUUUGUCUUUUUGUUUGUGAAAGAGAAAUAUCUGAUGGUAAAAAAGCCCAAGAAGACCUCCUCUCUACACCUUUAAAGUUUAUGCAAAUUUAGAAACAAACAAAACGGACCACUAUAGCUAAUUAUCUUAUAUAGAUAAGAUAUGUAGAAGGAGGGAUAUACAUAUGUAUAAUAACAAUCUUGAUAUAUAACUUCCAUCAUCCAUGGUUAAGAUUGUAACACCAUGAGUUGGUGCGAGGAUAAUUCAUAUAUACAAACCAAAAAUCACGCGUAUGUAUGUUAUUGCAUGCAUGUCUUGCAUCAUCCAUGCAUGAAUGCAUCAAAGAGUCUCCAGUCUUUAAUAUACAUAUCUACAUGGAUGGAUGAAAGUCAUGAAACCAUGUUAUUAAAACCCUUUUUCAAAACAAAUAAUAAUGAAACCAUGUUGUUAUAAUUGGUUAGGUUUGAAGAGAUAUACAUAGAUAGUCCCCAUGCAUGUGUUAUUAGUAGUGUUUAGGAUGAAAAUAACCCCUAAUACAUAAAUUAAUUUUAUGAUUAAUUAACACUCUAAGAUUAAGGUAAAACAUAAUUAAUUAAGACUUUAGAUUAAUUAAGGGUUAGUAAUCACGCGGUGAAUUUAGUCUCUAUAAAAGCAGUACCUCACCUUCCACAACCUUCAAUAUCAACUCACCCACAUCUUUCUCUCUUAUUCUCUCACUCUUUUUUUUUUAUAUUCCUCUCUCUCUAAAUCUAUAAAAUAUAUUUAAAAACUUGAUCGUAUAUAAUAAAGUAAAUAAAGAAUAAUAACAAAAAAAAUGGAGAAAAGAGGAGGAGGAAGUAGUGGAGGUUCGGGAUCAUCAGCAGAAGCAGAAGUGAGAAAAGGACCAUGGACGAUGGAAGAAGAUCUUAUUCUUAUCAACUAUAUCGCCAACCACGGCGAUGGUGUUUGGAAUUCUCUCGCCAAAUCUGCAGGUCUAAAACGAACCGGGAAAAGUUGCCGGCUCCGGUGGCUGAACUAUCUCCGCCCCGACGUACGACGGGGAAACAUCACUCCAGAAGAGCAACUUAUCAUCAUGGAACUUCAUGCUAAGUGGGGAAACAGGUGGUCGAAAAUCGCCAAACAUCUUCCAGGAAGAACGGACAACGAGAUCAAAAAUUUCUGGAGGACAAGAAUUCAAAAAUACAUCAAGCAAUCGGAUGUAACAACAACAUCGUCCGUUGGAUCUCAUCAUAGCUCAGAGAUCAACGAUCAAGCUGCAAGCACGUCGAGCCAUAAUGUCUUUUGUACACAAGAUCAAGCGAUGGAGACUUAUUCUCCUACACCGACAUCAUAUCAACAUACCAAUAUGGAAUUCAACUAUGGUAACUAUUCGGCCGCGGCAGUGACGGCAACCGUGGAUUAUCCAGUACCGAUGACCGUUGAUGAUCAAACCGGUGAAAACUAUUGGGGCAUGGAUGAUAUUUGGUCAUCAAUGCAUUUAUUGAAUGGUAAUUGAUUGAUCGGUGGACAAAACAUGGAAUAUUAAUUGAGUAUUAUAUAUGAUUUUUAGGAGUACUAUUAUUAGUACGUGACAUGUAUAUGUUUUUGCCUCGUUGUAGAGGUUUGGGGUUAUAAUUAAUAUAUAAUGUUAUCUAAUAUGCAACCUUGAUACAUAUUUGGAUCUUUAUUGAACCCAUGUUAUACAUAAAUAAAAUUGUUGAAGGGGUCAUAUUUCCGGAUAUCUUUUGUUUUAUUGAAGUAAUUUUUCUUAGGAAUGUUCGUACGUACCAUGUAUAUAUGAGAACAUCAUUUAGUUUUGUUUUGUUGAUGACCUAUGAAUCUAUGAUUAGUUUAAUGUAUAUAUCAUAUAAAAGUUGUUAUUUACUCCCUCCGCUAGAGGUUUUCACAUAUAUUA